CAACUAGCGUCAUUUCCGUCAAAAACAACAUGCGCAAUAUGCACUACUCAACAACUUGUAGUUUUUCUGCGUGUUGUUUCAUUUUUUAACGUGUCGCUUUCGUUUGACAUUUCAAUUUCGAUCGAUUUCCCCUUAAGUCUUAUAUUGACGCAGACGUGUUCUAUGAUAGUUGUUUUUCUGACUUAGCAUCUAAGAUUACCAACAUAGAACUUAGUAGCAAAAAUGGAAAGUAAAAUACUCGACCAGGAAACCAUUGUUGAACACAAUCUGGCCAAUGAACAAAUUGCUAAUUUAAAAUCAAAACGCAAAUACGAUAUAAUUGUUUUUGGCGCCUCAGGAUUCACUGGACAAUUUGUUGUUAUGGAAAUGGGUCACUUUUCUCAAAUCUACAAUUUGACUUGGGCUAUUGCUGGGCGUAACACUGAUAAAUUACAAGAUGUAUUAGAUAAAAUGUAUAAAACUAUUGAUGGUUAUGAAGAUAAUAAAAUUGAUAUUAUUUAUGCCGAUGUACAAGAUAUUAAAACUAUAAUGAGAAUGUCUCAAACAACUUCCGUGGUUAUAAAUUGUACUGGACCGUACUAUAUCUAUGGAGAAGUUGUAGUCAAAUCUUGUGUUUUGACAUCUACUCAUUAUGUAGAUGUAACUGGUGAAUCAUUAUUUAUGGAGAAAAUGGUGUAUAUUUAUAAUAAACAAGCUGAAGAAAACAAUUCAAUAAUUGUUAGUGCACUUGGUAUGGAGAGUGUGCCUGCUGACCUCGGUGUGGAAUAUUUAUACAAAAAUUUUAGUGGUGAAUUGAAGAAUGUUGACAUAUACAUGAAACUUUAUAGCAGUUCGUAUGUAUUAACUAAUAGUGCAUUGAUACACGAUGGUACUUGGAUAAGUGCUAUAUUACAUUUGGCUACUAAAAAACAACGAUUAUACUACCGAAAUCUAUUAGAUGAAUUAAUGGGAAUAACUAGAGUAAAACCGAAUGUUUCCAAGAUAUUACAUAGACGGAAAAUCAGUAUGCAAGUUGACUCCAAAGAAUGGUGUUUGGCUUUCCCAGAACCAGAUCAAGCUGUUAUUGCUAGAUCAGUGCAUCAUGCCAAAACUAUAGAUAAUUUGCCUUAUAAUUUUAAUGUUCGAAACUAUAUGGUUUUUGGUAGUUUAAUAUCAGCUAUUAUUGGUUUAUUCAUAUUUGUACUGUUAUCAAUCAUGGCUGCAUUUGAACCAAUUAGAAUUCUCCUUGUUCGGUAUCCAAAAUGGUUUUCAUUCGGGAUUGCUACAAAAACAGGUCCAAAUGAAAAACUCUUGGAAAAUUCACGCAUGUCAUUAACUUUGAUUGGUCAAGGAACAACAUCUAAUACUUCUACAAGACAAACUGUUAUUAAGGUCAAAGCUAAAAACCCAGGUUAUGGAUUCACUAGUAAAGCUGUUGUCUUGGGAGCUAUAACUAUAAUAAAAGAUCAAAUUAAUAUUCCUAAAGGGGGAGUUUUAACACCGGCUUCUGCAUUCCGUAAUACACAAUUUGUGAAACGUUUAAUGGAUCACGAUGCUGCAGAUUUUGAAAUUGAAUCUGAUUUAGUUACUCACUGAGAACAACAAGAAUUAUUUUAAGUCUAGUCUAUUGUUACAUCUAGCUGUUUUCUGUCUUUCAUUAUAUUCAAAAUUUAUUCCAUUAAAAUUUUCUUUAGAAAUGUUAAAAUAAAAUUGUUUUUGUUUUUUUUUAUUUUAUUUUAAUAUUUUAUAUUGUGAUUGUUUAACCUAGUUUUCCAUAAUAUUAUGUAACUCUUUAUCUAACAAAAUUUAAAAUGUUUUAUUGUUUUUGUUAUUUUAUGUUUAUAAAUCAUACUGUAUCUUAUGACAUACGAGUACACCUACAUUCCGAAAAAGAUUAUAUACAGAAAGUAGUAUAGUUUUAUGACUGAUUGUUAUUUUAUACAACUGAUAUAAAUAUUAACCGAUUUACCAAUUGGUUAAUAUGUAAAUGUAUAAUCAAAUAAAACCUAAAAAAAUUAAGAAUUGUAUGUAUUCAUA